CUAGGGGGGAAACAGACUUCGACAAAACACCGGGACCGAGAGGAGAACGUCGUCGGACAAGGACCCGAAAAGCCGGAGCGUGCUAAAUAUCUUUGAACAUCCAUUGUUUUACUAUAUAGUUUUACAAAGUAGCUGCUUUCCAAAUAUUUCCUGACACAUAUGGAGCACUCAAGUCAAGAGGAAAAGGGAGGUCUAAAGUGUCAACAACCUCAAGCAAAAUUUUGGUUCGCAUAUGCUGUAAACUCGGAUCCGAAGUUCAAGUGUCGUGCUCACGGCGAAACCUUCUCAUCUCAUCUUAACUGGUUGCAAUGUUUACAGUAGACAAUUUAAAGCAGAUAUAGUGAAUGGAAGAAGAGAAUGUACCGUUACAAAUGUAAACAGAAAAGGAUAGUAAGGGGCCGUUCAUACCGAACACGUUAUACGUUACAAGACGCAGCGCAACGAAUGAAACAGAACGCAGGUGUCUUGACAUAUUUUUUUAAAUCUAAAAACGUGGAGCUCUAGCGCAAGUUUAAAAAAUAGCGCGGACGAUGGGAGAAUUUAAGACUCCCAACUAUUGUAGAAAGGAAGUCCCGCCUUACAUGUAAAAGAACCACUCACCUUUUAGAUACAUCCAUCGCCUGUCAAUCAACUCGAGAACGCGCAUGUGCAUUAGAUAUACACGCUUUUUAAAAAAAAUUAUAAAGCAUUUUAAAGCAUAAUCUAAGGUAAAGAAGCACAAAUUAUGAUACCAGUGUUGUCAGAUUUGACAGUUGAUUGUAAAUAUGUUCUUUGAUCGUAAUCUUGACCGUAAUUUCCACAUUCAAGUAGAUUGGAGCUGCACUUCCAUGACUGGAAAUAGCUUCCCUGGUGCGUUCCAAAAAUGGCCGCUAGUGGACUGAUUUGCUAGAAAAUCUUUAUUUAGCCCAGCCUUUAGUUACCACCCCCAUGGUUGCUUUGACCAAUCAGUUGUCUGAGGCCUGUUUGGUUUCUAGGUGACGUCUACAAACAAACAUUGCUGUGAAAAAAGGUGCAAGUCGUUUUUUCCUCAUGAGAAGAAAAACUAUUUCGACGCAAAGGUCCGACUUUUGCUUAUAUUGUAUUUAUUAAGAGGAUCUGAACCACAAUUCUGUAUUUUAAAUUAUCUUAAAGUGGAUUCCUCUUGUCAGUAGUUCAAAGCACAAACCAAAGUAAUGCCGCCUCCUGAAACAAUGUACUGCGCCCAGCAGAUCAACAUUCCCCCAGAGCUGCCUGAUAUUUUAAAGCAGUUCACAAAAGCUGCAAUCAGGACACAACCAUGUGAUGUGCUUGAAUGGGCAACCGAAUAUUUUUCAGCACUGUCAAAAGGUGAGGCUCUACCAGUCAAAGAGAGGCUCGAAAUGCCAAUGGCAACUCAGAAAACUGACACAGGACUUACGCCAGGCCUUCUGAAGAUCCUUCAUCAACAGCUUGCACAUAAAGAAAUCUUUACAAAAGAAGAGCUUCUUCAGAAGUGGAAAGGUCUGUGUUUGCCUAUUGAACAGCUGGACACAAUCCUUGCCGUUGGUAACUUCGAUGAAAAUUUCGAUUGGAUGCAGUUUCUUGCCUUGGGAUGCAGUGCUUUGGGUGGGACCAUCAAGAGUGCUUUGAAACAUGCCUGUGAGAUACUUACAGAGGAGCACGAAGGUGAUGCAGCCCAGAUUCCUUUUGACACAUUUCGGAGUCUGUACACAUACCUUGCCCAUCUGGAUGGAGAAAUUCCUAAAGAACAGACUGACAGCUUCCUGCUCAAUCUACAGGAGAUUGCAGAACACCAUGGUGGAAUGGUGCAACCUUCACAUUUUACAAGCCUCUGCAGCAUGUAGAAUUCCAGAACAGAUGAUCCUCAUAUGCAGACUUAAUGUUCUUGUAGAUACCUACAACACUACAGAACAUGCCCAAAACAUUAUAUAUGGAUCAGAGUUACUGUGUUUGCUGUAUUUUGUUGUUAUUUUUAUGUAAAUGUAUUUUUAACCUAAAUAAAUCCUUAAAAUCUAGUUGGCCUGGAAUUAUAUAACAAAAGUAAAAGCUAAAGCCUAAAUAGAGCCACUACAAUUUUAGGUGUUUGUAAUAUGAGUUUGAUUUGCAUGAAAAUUUUGUUUUGCUUUCAGUUUUGAUUGUGAAUCACAGAUGUCCCAUUGUGUUUGAGUAUUUUAAACCUAAGCCAUUAUCCACUGUGGUUGGUACAUGUGUCUCCACAUCAAAAUGCGUUGUGACCAAAUUUAUGCUUAUAUCUUUAAAAAAAAAAGAGGCAUACCACACAUACACAUUCACACACACUGGUGGACUUUCCAUUGAAUUCUGUUGUUUUUAUACAUGAAAGUCAAUAUGGGCCUCAUUCAUUCAUCACAAUUUCAUAAAUAUACAAAAUAAUUGGGAGUAAUUUCCAAGUAAAAUGGAGCUUCCCGAGAACUUUCCGCUGGAUUUACGAACGCUUCAUAUUCCCCAGAUUUGUUAGUAAAACUUGUGUAUGUUAUUGAAUUCCAAACAUUUGUGAAUAGAGCAUGCAUGCAUGUUUGCAAUUAUCAUAAUCCACACCCAUGAAAAUGCCACAUAAGGAAAGCUUCAGACUCACUAGUAAAUGAGAAUAGGAAGCUUUUAACAUACACUGAUCAUCCACAAUAUUAAAACUGCCUGGCUUAUAUUGUGUAGGUCCCCAUUGUGCCACCAAAAUAGAGACUGUUUUGUGGAAAUCCCAGGAGAUCAGCAGUUACAGAAAUACUCAAACCAUCUGGCACCAACGAUCAUGCCACACUCUCUAAUGGUUGAUGUGAACAUUAACUGAAGCUCAUUUUGUGGCUGGUAUGCAAACAGUAAUAAAAGAUUUUUAUGGAGUGCAUGCAUGAUAUUGAUAUUAUUGAUUUUCCAAAAUAUUGGAAUUUACAGUCAUCUUUGCUUUCAUCAGAGGUUAUUUUUUUAACUAAGCAGUCCAAGAGGUCAAUAAAAAUGGUUUGACAUGAAGCUUUAGUGUAAAAAAAAAGUCUGUUCAUGUUUCUUCCUUCUCACCACCUUCCCUGCUUCGGUUGAGCUCAUCUCCAUCGUCAUUGGAGAAACUUCUCGAGUAUCAUCCAACUGUACAGUGAUACUUCCCUUGCAACAGGAACAGUCAUCAAAGAAUUGAUAGAAUGCCUAAAGAUGGUGUAAGAUAUCAUAGAUUUAAAAUCUGUAUGAAUGUGUGCAGGAUUUUUCUU